UCACUCUCUUAUCUUUUGCUCUGAUUGUUAUACUUGUUUUGAUAUUCGUUCGGUUUUUGUAGUGUGAACACAAAAGUUUGUUGGAUGAUUAAAUUUUUUUUUAACAGUGUAUGGUAUUAAAAUAAGUUAUUUCGAAAAGUCUACCAAAGUAUGAAUAUUAAUCUGCUAAUUGCUGACCAAUAAACAGGCUGGUUUUGUUCGGAGCGUCUGACCGGGCAACUAAAGAACAAAUUACCAUUGACAAUCAAAUAACUUUAAGAUGGGUUAUACAAUACUUUUCAAAAGAAUAUUAUGAGAAUUAAAAGACACACCAUUCAAAUAUAAUAAAUACAUUUUCCAAGAGUUUCCAAUCGGUAAAAUAAAAAUGUUGGAACCAGUUACUUCAUCUUCAUCCAGUGGAUCAAUGAAACCUGAUUUAUGUGAAAAUGAGUUUGAAAAUAUUAUUAAAAACAUAAAAAAGGAAAAUAUUGUAGAAGUCUCGGACGAGAAUAGUGAUUGGGAAGAAGUGCAUGAAAUAAAAAGAAAACAUAAUCAUGGAACUCCUGAAACUAACCAUCAUAUAAUCAAAAAAAUUAAGAUAGUUAGUGAUUUCAAUGAACAUACUAAACUUCGUAAUAACAAAAUAGUAGGAGUUAAUCAAUCAAAGAAAUUUAAAUCUUCACAGAUUGCUGUAUCCAACAAAAUGAAUGCUGCUCAUUUGGAAAAUAAUGAUCAAAAAGAAAGUGCAAUGAUGUCUAAUGAAAACAUUUCUCCUCAUUUAAAAACUAUUCACAAAUGUAAAGACAGUUGUUUAUGGUGUAUGAGACCAUUUGCUGUGUUUGAUAAUCCAAAUCAUAUUUGUCGAAUUCGCAAUGUCGAAAAGCAAAAUUCUUUUUUAGAAAUUGUGCCGCAAUUAAAUAUAGAGUCAUGUCUAUGUGAUCGUUGUUGGAAAUAUUUAGAAAAAAAAUAUAAAGAAAAACAAUUUGAAAAAAGGAAAGGUUGUAAUGAUGAAGUUGGUAAUAAUUCAAUAAAUACAGCUGAAGUCAAUGAUGUUAAUGGAGCAGUUAAAAUAGUAAAAUUACAUCCAUACAAAAAAUCUAAAUAUAUUAAAAGAAGGAAGAGAAGAAGAAGAUGCUUGCGGAUUGAUGUAACAUGCUCAGUUCAUAAUUGUUCAGAAUAUUCAAUACAUCCCAUAUCGGAAGAAAAAUAUGCAAAAAUUAAAAUGGUUUUGUCAAAUUUUGUAUCUUGUGAUUUGGUUUUAAUAGAGUCAAGUAAGAUGAAAACAAAUGUUAAGGAUAAUAGUAAUUCGCCUGUAUCCGUUUGCGAGGAUCAUCUGCAUCUACUGGAUACAAUAAUUUCAUGUCAGCUUUGCGGUGAACUAUUAAGUGAGGAUUUGAACUCUGAAGACUGGGAAAUUUAUGAUGUGUGGAAUAAGAAAUUAAUGAAUGAUAAGAUACCAUUAAAGUUGUGUCCUGGAAUGUUUAUUUGUAUGAAAUGUCGUCAAUAUGUCUCUGAUGGUAAUACUUUAUGUGUACACCUAACUAGUAUACUACAAAAUAUUAAAAAAAGAGAAAAUGCCCGGCUAAGGCUAUUUGGAUUAACUGAUAAAUGUGAUUUAGAAAUUAAUAAUACAUUGAAAAAAAAUCCCAUUAUAAAAGCAAGCGCUAAUAGAAUUAAUGUGUCUAAUAUGGCAAAAGUAACAUUUACUGAACCUGAAAUAACAUCAACUUUUCUAUUUAAAUCUGAGGAUUUGAGUGAUACUUUGGGAAAAAUAGAUGAAGAGUAUACUAAACAAUUAGUCAAGUUAUUACCUAAUUCAUAUGAUAAUGAUAUUAAUAAUUUAAGAUAUUUUAACUGUACAAAUUUAAAUGAUUCAAAUUUAGAAUUAAAACAAGAAUUUAAUGAAAAAUCUCAUGAUUGCAAUGACCAAGCAGAUACACCUGAUUUAAUUGAAGUAUCACCCCAAAUUGAACAUUGUAAAAAUGAUUCUUUCAACUUAGUCAUCUCAAAUGCUAUCUCGCUGGCUGAUAUUUCAAGUGUGAAUUACUCAGAACAAUCAAAUAUCAAUAAAACAUAUAAUUCAAAACCAAAUAUAAGAGUAGUCAAAUUGAUGGAAUUAGUAAAAAAAGAUAUUAAUGCAAUAUCUGAAAGUACAUUAUUAGAUAGUAGUAUAUCAAGACCAACUAGUCCAGAUGACGAUUGUACUAUUGUCUUAAAUGAUACAUUUAAUAUACCUUCUGAAGUAACAUUUGCUGCUAAUAAAAAUAUAAUUCCUCCAAAUAACGAUAAUGGUAAUAUGUCAAUAUCUAAUUGUGCAUUAAGACGAUUUAGCCCUGAUCAUAAUAUUACACUAAAGGACUUAUUAAAUAAACCUUGUGAAGAAUCAUUUCCCAGUGAUAAAAAUAUUGCUCCUAGUAUUGACGUUGAAAAAGAUUUGUUACCAUUACACGUUUGUAAUUUACUGGAUAACGAUGACUAUUCAUUUUCUAAUGAAGAACAAACUAGUAAAUAUGAACCAGUCAUUACUAGUGUAUAUUCACAACAAGAUUUACCCAAUAGAAAUAAACAGUUUGAGGAUAACAGUACAAGAAAUGAGAAUCAAUGUAUUAAUUAUGAGGAAAUGCCAAUUUCAAAAACGUUUUCUUCAAAGAGAACAAAUCAAAAGUCAAAAACAUUACAUUUAGAAAAACGUGCAGCAAAAGCUGAUCCGGUGGAAAUACGAAAAAAAUUACAACACUUGUUACGUCAGAGAAUUUCAAAAAAUAAAGGUAUUAAAAGACUAAACAAUGUUCCUACUUACAAUGAUAGAUCGAUGUCAAAGGAUAGUUCUACACAAGUAUAUAGUAGCUCCUUUAAAAUGAUUGAGAAUAAUGCCUGUUUACGUGCAAAUGAUAAGAAAAUAAAUAAUUCUCAAAAGACUGUUAUACCCACAAUUGUUAGUAGUUUUUCUGCUCGCGAUAAAAUUAUGCCAUCAGUUUUUGAUGAAUAUUUUGAAUCUGAAGAGCAAACUAUGAAUAUUGAUUCAGACUCUAAUGAUGCUCAACAAUGCUCGGCCUAUGAUGAAGAAACCUUGUGUCAGAAUGAUCAAUAUAUCCAUGAGUUCAUAGUUGAAGAUCCAAACUUAAAAAAAUCUGAUAGUUCAGAAAAGCUACACAACUCCAUUUUACCUGUUCCAAAGUCACUUAAAUUUAUGCGAAAACUAAAAAAAGUCUCAGAUUUUACGCCGUUACAUAAUAAGAAAGUAUUCGAUCAAUUUGUUGAUGACAAUUACUCUUCAGAUGACGAAAUUGAUUCUCUGGAAGAUAAUAAAUGUCCAGAAUACGAUUCCGAACCUGAAUCCAACGCUGUAAAACGUCUUAAAGUCAUAUCUAGAACAUUUGCAUUUCCACAGAAUACCUCAAGUAUUUCGACAACAGCAGUCACAAACAUCAAGCCACCAACUGUUAAACCUGUAAAAACCACUCAAACAACAAAUACUAAAAAGGAAGUUCGUUUUUUUUUAAACGAAUCCAAUAAAAAAAUAUUCAAUGAUUUACUCGUACGAUUCAAAAGUGAAUCUGAUGUAUUUCGAUACCUUAUGGAAAACGAACGAAUGUUAUAUGCCGGUGAACUAGACAUUUCGAAAAAUGCAAAUCCUCAAGUAGCCAAAUAUUUAAAUAGUCAUUUGAAUUUUUUGAAAAACUGGUUUAGUAAUCCUGUUCAUGGCGAAGAUUCUCUGCCCAAACGUCAAACUGCAAAAAAAAUAGAAACAGUAAGGAUUUCCUCUGUUCAAAGACCAGUUCAUAAAACUAUAUCUAUAACUUCGACUGCGACAUCAUUACCAAAUGUAGCUAACAUAGUCGGUCCGGUAAGAAAGAACACUUUUUCACCUAAAAGUGUCCUUCCGUUUGUGGUUUCUUCAAAACAACCAAUUACUAUUCGACCAAGACAACCUACAUUAUCCUUGUCAUCUCUUCAACAAUCCAUCUCGCCCAAUAUCUUAAUCCGACCAAUACAGCUGCCCUCUCCAAGACCAGUAGCAAUAAGGUCUGGAACUUCUUAUGUAUUAACCAAGCCAUCAACUGUUCGUGUACAUCAACCAUUCGCAAAUCAACAAAUUAGAAAUAUAUUAGAUUUAGGGACGGGCCGUAAGUAUAUGAUUGUAAAAAAAUCGGUAGUAUAAGAAUAUAUUUAGUAUAUAUUAUUUUUAAUUGGAACUCCUAUAAAAACAUUAUGUAAUUAUUUUGUGUUAUUUAAUAAAGUUAUUAGACCUUCCAAUUGUGUUCAAUACUAAAUUGUGUAAUAGUCACAUAUAUUUAAUUGAUUUUGUCCCUUAAAUAAUUAAUUGUAUACAAAAAUAC